CCGCCCUCCGCCUCUCGCAGCCGCCUUUCCCUCGGCAGUUCGGGAUAGAGGAAGUUGGUCAGACUCCUUUCCUUUGAGCCGAGGCAUGGGCUGCUUGGGAGGAGCGGAGCCGGCUUGGGAAGGAGUACGACAAAAAGAGGGAAAAUAUGGACAUGGAAAAACCCAGAGACUUUGGCAGUCUUCGAGCAAUGUUUCAAAAUGAUUCCAAUUUUUCCAAUAUGCUCCUGGAGUCUGUAAAGAAGCCUUCUGCCAAAUUCAGUCCACGGCAAAAUGCUGGCGGCUCAUCUGUGUCUUGUCACACACCAAAACCCUUGCACCAGAGGCAGGUUCCAGAUCCUGAACAGCAAACCAAGCAGUUCAGUUACACAUCCCAGAAACUGGAAAUCAGGCAAGUGAAGCCUAUGGUAUUCCCAAAGGUCAAGAUCAAAGAUAGGAAAGAGUCAAACCUCUCUUUGGCCAUCUGCAAGCCAUCUUCAUCAGGAGAAGAAUCACCGAAACCACAUCCAAGAUAUUGUCUUUCUCCUCAAGGGUCAGAAGGAGCAAGCAGUUCUUUUCGCAACACACUGCACAUUUGGGAAAGUGCUUUAGCACAAGGUGACCAAAAAUAUGAUGCAACACCACCACAGUGUACAAUCAGGACAACUUCUCUUUCCCACCCACCAGUUGCUAAUGUUGCGAUUUUGACAGAGGACAAAGCAAAAAUAGCUGGACUUAAGCAAGGGAUGGUCCUUGGUAUGUGUAAGCCUCAAUCCCAUGUAUACAACGAAUUUGUUCCUACAACUUCACCUCCGGUUCCUCCAAGAAGUCAUACAAGCUUAAAUAAAGCGGUUGCUGGUUUUUCUCCAAGUAGUUUGAACAAUUUAAACAGUCUAAGCAAGGCUUCAAAUGGAAGAUGUCCUGAUGAUGAAGAUGCCAAAGUUCCAAAAAUCAAGCUCCUUCCUUCCAUCAAAGAGCUUGGCCUUCCUCCAAAGAAACCACCAAGGCCUCCCAAGGUAGAUCUUGGUGCCUUCCAACAGACUUUUCCAGAUGCUGCAGAUGAUGCAUACUUGACUCCCGAAAUUACUGAAAUGGAAGAUCUAAACACCUAUGAAGAAACCAUAUACUACCAGGAACAGCAAGAGAAUUGUCCUAAUUCUACUCAACAGCCUAUACAUUCUUUCAAGUCUGUGAAAAAGGAAGAUACUAAGAUUUGCAGUCCUCAAAGUAUAUUUAUGAAGCCCAGAAUAAGAGGGAAUGAGAAGAACAUGCCUCAAGAGGAAACAAAUCAGUCUUUCUCUGGAGGAGAAUUGGCAAAGGAUGGAGAUUUUUCAGAUGAUUAUGUAUGCCUGGAAUCUUUAAGAACAGAUGAAGAGAAAUGGAACCCAGAUCUAAGAACUGCUAAAUUGGAGCAAGCUGCAGAGGAAGUGUAUGAUGAUGUGGAAGGAAUAGAGAGAGGCCUACAAUCCUCUGAUGCCCACAGAUCAUUUGCUUUAGAUUCCAGUCUUCUGGGAAGUCACUGGCUGAUCGUGAUCCAUUCAAUGGGAGCUCAUGUUGAUGAUACCUAUGAAGAGACAUAUGAGGAUAUUCAAAGUGAAAUUCAAAGUGAAGGUUAUAAUUCCUCCAAAUCAGAAAUUUCUGGAAAAGGAAUUAUUCAUUCCAGGAAUUAUAAAAGAGAUAUCAAAGUUGAAAAACUCAAAGGAUUUGGAAAAUUUUUCAAAGAAAAAUUAAAAAUAAAAACCGCACAUAUGAAAGGCAGCUCUCGCAAUCUUUCCCGUUCUGUACCAAAUCUAGAUGUCAUGGCCCAGGAAAACUUUAUGUAUAAUGACAUUGACCCAGAACAAAAUGAUACAAAAAAUCCCUUUAAAGUCAAGAAAUACAUUGUAGAAAAGAAUAACAAGAUGACAAAGGAGGAACAAUCGUUUAGAGAAAGAUUUAUGUACAAUAAGGAAAUCACAGUAAUAAAUACGGCAGUCGCGCACUGCUCAAAUACUCCUAUCGGAGGAAACCUGGAUUUGAGGAUCUUGCCUGGAGAACAACUUGAAGUUAUAGACAUCACUGAAGGAAAUCAACUGAUAUGUCGGAAUUCUGAAGGCAAAUAUGGGUAUGUGCUAUUAGAACAUUUGAAUUUCAGGCACUAGUGCUGUACAACUAAAGGCCAACACGUUUUGUAAUCACAAUAUAGUGAAAAUAAUCAUCUAAAAGAAUUUUUGUUGCUUGUGAAAGAAAACAAAAAUGGAGAACACACUCAGCCUGAAUUCUUCAGAAGCUUACAACUGUUACUGCUGAUUGUCAUAAAAGUGACUUUUUAAAAUAACAUUUGAUAUUUAUGUUAUCCUAUCCAAAGUUUAUCAAUCUAGGUAUACGCUGAGAGGGAAAUAACUUAAUGUCAUUGUAAAAACAUGUUUUUCAAACUUUGUUUCAAAUUACAACUCUUCCUAUAGCAGCUCUUUUUAAUGGUAAUACAGCCCCAAGAAAAAUUGCAAAUUUCACUUGGUUCUUUGAUAUUGUACUUAGUAUUUGUGUGCAAAACAUAUUAUCUGCUAUUGACACAUUUUUUGUAUGUAUUUUGUCAAUGUUAGGAGUAACACACGUGGAUUUAUAAUUAAUUCCGUAUUUAACCAGUGUAAAAAUUUGUGGACUUAAGCAUUUAGAGAAACAUUGGGAAACCAUUUAAUGCACUAUUUUUAAAUGUAAAUAGGAGAAAUAAAGUAUGAAUUGGCAAUUAACACAUUGCUGCUAAGUGUAUUGACAGCUUGACAAAAAAACUUUGCAGAAUUAACUUAAUUAGAAGUGUUUACUGUUUCAGUUAUUUAAAAAUAAAACAGAAUCAUAUUCAAAA